AUGGAAUCCACUUCAAUUCUCUCUUCCCCCCUUCUUUCUCGCAGACCAAAAAAUGGCCGCCUCUGUCAUCCAAAGAGAGCAUCCGCCAGAGUUUUUGCGUCGAGAAAAGAAGCUCGCGACCAAAAUCAUUGCGGCGGCGGCAGCCGGUUAGUGGACGGAAGCAUGAUUGUUCUCCGGAAACGAAUGCAUGAGAUGAAGAUGAUGGAGAGGAACUAUGAGCCACCGUCCGAUUGGAUGGAUUGGGAGAAGCAGAUUUACACAAGCUACGAUUCGUUUAUAUGCGAGAUGAUGGGUUUGUUGCAAAUCCAGCUGAUGAACACCAGGCCAAGCUUGGCUCUAGGAAUUUUGGCUAUGCUAAUUUCGAGUGUGCCAACAUCGACCGCUCUGGUUUUGUUUUAUUUGAUGCAGAUUACUAAGGUUGUCUUGGCUUAG